AUCGCAGUCCAACACUUCCGAAUCGCAGACUCCUCAUCAGGCGUUAGUCAGGGACUACAAUCUUGAAUCUUCUUCGUUGCGCUCUUCAGAUCUCCAACAGUCCAACAUCCAUCCACCAUCACAGUGAAGCAGUCCAACUCAGAAUUCUUUAAUGGCAGUGAAGCAGUCCACCAUCGCAGUUGUUUCAUCAUAUGUUCAUUAAUUUUUUUAUCAAAUCAUUCUAGGAAUUGAAGUUUUCCCUUGUCUAUUGUGACCUAGAUUGAUUAGAUUCCCUGUUUGCAAAGCAUUCCAGAGCUUAAUUAACGGUGAUUAUAGUUAUAAUUAAAUACUGAUUGGAAGGAACAACAUUUAAAGUAUCUUUUAGACUCCUAAGCUAAGGCUGGAAAGGAUGGAGAAUGGACAGUAAAUUUGGUUGUGAUCUUUGGAGGGUCAUAGGAGAUAAAAAGAUUGCAAUGAUUUCUGAUAGGCAUGCGGGAAUCAUUAAUGCGUAUCGAGACGUCCCAGAACUCCGCACUGGACGGAUUAAAAAAAGGGUCACUAAGAUUGAAGUUCCUAAGCCUCCGGAUAAGACUGCCUAUACUGCCGUUCAAGGUCCAGUUCCUUCUCUAUUUCCAAUCCUGGAAUCUUCAAGUAACCUCCCACAUAGCCCUACUCAUCUCGCACCUUUGGGAGCUGUAAAUCCAGUUUUUGUAAAGGUCUCUCUCUUUGGUUCAGUCUGCCAGGCUGCAGAAAACGAGGGAGAUAGCAUUUGUGUUAAUCUUCCUCUUAGAGCUGGUUUGAGUAACAAUGUCUCCCAAGGAGACAAGGAUAUUGUUCUGGCAAAGACCCAAUUUGUUGAAGGAACUGUCACAGAGGCAAUCGAUAAGCCAGAAUCUGUUGAGAGUCGAGGUAACUCUGACAUUUCUUCUUGCCCCUUGGUGAACGAGGGUGCUUAUAUUGAUUCCCUGAAAGGAAGGGAGGCAGUAGCAGGAAACCAAAACAGCCCCAUUCAUCUUCCAACAUCCACCCAACAUGGUCCCUACUAUGUUCCCUAGUACAACCCACUAAACAACCAUAAAAUUCCAGGAGAAACAUGGUACUUUCUUAACCCUUUAACCACCAAAUAAAUCCUCAUAUAUGCAGCCAAAGUACCACACAUUAUCCUUUCCCUUUGUCCCCCCUAGUUGGCUGAACACAUCCCCCCNNNNCCCCCCAAAUCAGCCCAAAAGAAUGCUAUCCAUUCCCCUUGGUUUGCCUUUCAUUGGAGACCCUACAACCACACCCAUCCCUGAUUUUAUUCCAAUAAAAGGACCUAAAACAU